AUGCAUUUCCUUACGUUAUUUCAGCACCUGAUAAUAUCUCUAUUCAUAUAUGAAGCCCAGGGUCUUGUCACAUCCCGCGGGUUCAGGUUCACCACCCCGAAAAAUGGCCAAGAGGGUGGAUGCACGCCAGAAGAUAUUGAAAUUAUCCGCCACGAACUGAAAAUUGUAAAGGAAGCUGCCGAAACCGCCGCCCGCGACGUCACCAAUUACCCUUUCUUUUACGCUUUUCAAAAGCCGAACAAUGCGUUUUUUAAGGAUAAGCAAUUCACCAAAGCAGCAAGGGAGUUCUUUCUUCGUAUGGCUCGCAUCGCAGACGAAUCUUAUCGCGGUGACAACUUCCGUAUCCAUUGCCGCAUCGAGGACUGCAGAUACAUGGGAAGAGGGACUCACGCUAUAUUGACGGAAAGUGUCAUGCGCCAGUUUGUGCCCCCGGUAUUAUGGCUUAUGAAACCAUCUGAUCCUGUCCUGGCUUUCUGCGAGCCAUUCUUCACUGGAGUUAGUGGAGUUCCUACUCAACAGCGCUUAGAACAAUUCAGGCAGGACCUCAAAGAACUCAAGGAGGGUAAAGUCAAGAACUUACAGUCGACGUCCGUGAACAUGGACAAAGUCGCCGACACGAGGAGCAAGGUUAUAAUGCACGAGCUGUCGCACAUUAACUAUGUGGCCAAGCCCAUAAUCGACAUAGUGAGACCCAACGCUCUUAGAAAAAAGGCAAUGGCAGACUACGUUUACGACGUCUUUGAAUGCUAUCAACUUGCUAACGGCUGGUGGAAGAGUGGCAAUGGGUGGACGGGGGAUAUGGAGAAUGGGGUGAAGGGGGUGAAGCGGGCUGCAAUGAAUGCAGAGAAUUGGGCCCUGGUUGGAAUGGGAACUUGGUUUUCCAAGCAGUUGGGGAUUAAGAAGAUUUCCAUUCCGGGAGCACGAGACAACCACUGGGGGCAGGAAGCUGAAACAUGA